AUGUCUGCGACAUCCAAUCUCCGCCAUAGUCAGACAGCUCGACCCUCCUCUCCCCAUACACCACAGCAACCGCUCCGUUCAGCGAACACGUCUUUCGCGAGCGCAUCAUCACCAGGCUCGUCCUUUCGGAACGAGGACGAUGCCAUCAUUUUCGAGAUAGGUGCGCGAUGGCUCAGAGCUGGAUUUGAGGGAAAUGGUACCCCCCGCUUUGGACCUGAAGAAAUGCGGCGAGCAGCGGACUACCGAGGGUGGAUUAAUGGGGACAUUGGCGCUGGACCGCUACCCAAGCCUGUCAAUGCGGAAGAUUGGGUUCGUGAUUAUGAAUUGUGGCAGCCGGACCUGAGCGAAAUCGAUCUGGGACUUGUCGAGGAUAAGAUCGAGCGCGUUUUCCGCGAAACCUACAACCAGUACCUGUUGACCGAUGCUGGCACCUCCCGGCUGGUCCUGGCCCUCCCUGCGCUUAUGCCACACCCACUGCUAUCGUCACUACUCUCCAUCCUCUUUAGCCGCUGGCGAUUCCCUAGCGUCACUCUUCUUCCGAGUGCCACGAUGUCUGCGACAGCGGCAGGAUUGCGAUCCGCUUUGGUCGUGGACCUUGGAUGGGCCGAAACUACAGUAACUGGGAUCUACGAAUACAGGGAGGCUGUUACAAAACGGAGUACACGAGCGAUGCGUGCUCUGAUGUUGGAGACGGGGCGUUUUCUCACUCGGUUGGCUUCUGGUAAUGAUGAUGCACAGGAGGAAUCAUCAGAUGCUGAUAUCUCCGUGGGAUUUGCAUACUGUGAGGAAGUUCACGAGUACCAAGACCUCCCGCUUUCCGACAUGGCAAAAUCCGUUGAAAAGGUCAUAUUGGCAUCUCAGAUCCCCGAGUGUGACUUGGAUGACGAGGAGAAAUCAAUUCCCUUGCUUGUUUACAAUUCUCUCCUCUCUCUGUCGCCUGAUGCAAGAGGAACAUGCAUGGCGCGCAUUGUUUUCGUUGGGGGUGGAGCUCGGAUUCCUGGCUUGCGCCAGCGAAUUCUGAAAGAGGUACAACUAUUGAUUGACCGACAUGGGUGGAGCCCGAUUCGAGGCAAGGUCGUCGAGCGACAGCGGCAGCGACUGGAGGAAUUGAAAAUCGCAUCCCAGACCAACACUCCUAGUCAGUCCCCAGAUGGUAAUAUAUCUGGCACGACAGACGAUGAAAAGGAAAAGUCUGACCCUUCCAAGGAAGAGCCAGAGGUCGACUUUGUGGACCAAAAGUUGCGUCGACAGAACAAAGAUAUACCAGUGCCCGUCACAGGAAUUUUGCGCGAAAUCGAGUCCCUGGGGCCCUGGGCCGGAGCUAGUCUAGUGACCAGCUUGAAGAUUCGUGGAAUGGUGGAAAUUGAACGAGAGAAAUUUCUCCAAUAUGGGUUGGCCGGUGCGACUCGAGACCUGGAACAACCCGUCCCUGAUCGUCGAUCGGGGCUUCGAGCUGGGGAUCGAUCCAGCUGGACUCUGGCCGGAUGGGCGUGA